UUUAGCCGCGUUAGCUUCACGGAGCACUUGCAGCUGAGCUGGCUUGUUUGAGAGCUCGUUCCGCGGCUGUCGACGACUUUUCUCCGACAGGGAGCCUGCCACUGACCGGAACACAGAGCCCGCUGUCGCCGUUCCACUCCGGAGGAGUUUAACUCGGUGUUUGAAGCCAGAGGAGCAGUUUGAGAGCGACGCCAUGGACCCCGCCAGCCAAGAUAUCAACCUGAACUCUCCUAACAAGGGUCUGGGGACGGAGCACGCAGACAGCCUGUCCGACGUCCCGGUGGAGGGGGCGGAGGGGGCGGUGGGGAACUCGGCCAACCCCCUUCCUCCAGGCCUGACAGCAGAAGAAGCUGAGGAGCUUCGCGUCGAGCUCACGAAGGUGGAGGAGGAGAUCAACACCCUGCGUCAGGUCCUGUCGGCCAAAGAGAGACACGCCACGGAGCUGAAGAGGAAACUGGGCCUCAGUCCGCUCAACGAACUCAAGCAGAACCUCACCAAGAGCUGGCAAGACGUGCAGACCUCCAACGCAUAUCUGUCUGCAUCAGCCACUUUGGAUGACAUUACCCGCUCAGAAGCGUACAAGAAGACUCAGGAGACUCUUUCCCAGGCGGGACAGAAGACCAGUGCGGCGCUCAGCACGGUGGGAACGGCCAUCAGCAGGAAGCUGGGCGACAUGAGAGCUCUGCCUUUCUCUAACUCCUUUAGUAGCAACUAUUCCAUUCGCCACUCGAUAAGUAUGCCGGCCAUGAGGAACUCUGCGACCUUCAAGUCGUUCGAGGACAGAGUGGGGACGCUGAAGCAUAAGGUGGUGGGCCCCCGAGGGAACGGGGAGGCCGUCGGCUCCCCCACCGACACCACCCCCACCCACGAGAACCCGCCCUUCUGAGCCUCCUCCUCCUCCUCCUCCUCCUCCUCCUCCUCCGCCUCCCGCUGACCGGAGACUGUACUGUUACGCCUCUCCUCCACCUCAGACACUCGCUCAGCCGCUUCAGCCACUCCUCCUUCUGCUGAUGAUUCAUCAAUGAUUUAGUCUUUCCAGCCCUCGCUCCCUCCCUCCCUCGCUCCCUCCCUCCCUCCCUCGCUCGCUCCGACACCUUAAAGCUCUCUCUCAUUAAAGCUCAUUCAUUCAUUCAUUCACUCGCUCAUCAGACACUUGGGCCCUCGGUUUGUGAGGACUCUUCUGGAUGCGGUUCUGGUCUGUCGGUUCUGCUGCAGGUUGAGAACCAUCAGUGCUCAAAACUCACUUUUCCCAGUCUCCUCCUUCCCAUGAUGCACUGUGAGCAUGGCCCUCUCCUCCUCUUCCUCCUCCUCCUCCUCCAUGCAUGCUUCAUCUCGGCUGUCUCACACAGACGACCCAGAACAGAACACACACACCUGGAUGUAAAAACAGACGAGCCUGGAAGCAUUUUGUAUUCUAAACAGUUUUUCACGGCUUUGCAGAAACGUUUUUACGUAACUUUUAUGAUCUGUAUAGACGUAGAAUCAGUAGAUCUAUGAGGUCGAUGCUGCUCGGGGGCGGAGCUCAGGCUGGGAGGAGGCGGCGGCUGGGACAACAAACACUAGGGGUCGCUCUCUCUAUCACACACACACACACACACACACACACACACACAACGUCCUGUCUGUCAGGCAGCCAAGUCAAACUGGAAAUAAGACGCGGGGAAGGCUGCUCCCCCCUCCGCCCGCCGAGCGCCCCACCCGCUGAAUGUCUCCGCCUCCUCGCUGACCUCACUCCCUCCGACCAGCUCACCUGUUCACCUUCAGCUCCCUUCCCUCCUUCCCUUUAAAAAAAAAAACAAAACAAAAAAACUCCUAGUGAAGGAAACUGAUGAAUGCACAAAAGCAGCAGCAGGAAACAGGAAGUGUAGACACUAAAGAUGAGGAGAAGCUCAUAGAGGUGGUUUAAUUUGUCGGAUCUGGAAGGAGGUGAAAGGUCAAAGUUCAGGAAGUUCAGGCUGAAAUGUCUGGAAAAUGGAUUUCAAGACUUUUUCUUCAUGAAACUCCCAGUUUCUCUCCUCCAGCUUCUUCCUGGUUUCAAUGUUUUGAUAAGCUUUGAAAAAAGUGAGACGGCGAUCAGAAUCUUUGAAGCUGAGGAGAAAAUGUGGAGCGUAACGGCCGAUCGCCGCCGCCUUUCAGGACGAGUCGGACGUGACUGGAGCGUUCUCACCUUUAACCCCAAAGUAACAAACUCCCGCGUUUCCCGUGGCGAAGCACCUGCACUCCUCUACACUCCUCUACACAUGCUGAAUGCUACUAAAUGCCUUGAUUGCACUCUCUCUCUGUCUCACACACACACACACACACACACACUGACUUACCCCCGCAGCUUUCUUUUGUUUUUCUUUCGUCUGUUGCCAAUCAAGUUUUCUGGAAAAUGUGACGUUCUUUUGGAAGUUUGUCCCCGACAGUGAACUGCUGCCAAAUACUGUCCCCCGGUGUCCACGUCCGGCUGCACGGGGUCGUGAAUGUGGAUUAUUCUGAAGUUCAGAGGGCGUCUGAACAGCGACGGGUAGCAAAUAUCAACAAUAGACGCGUUGAAGAGGUUCUUCUGUCGCCAUGACGACGGCCUCGGGCGUCAGUUCGUGUUCCUCUUUGGUGAUUUUCUUUUUGUUUCUCCUGUUUGAAGAGGUGGAAUCAGAGGCAGGAUUCACUUGAAAUUCACUUUUAAGUUGCCAUCAGUUACAAACACAAGUUGCCAACAUUACCUGUUACAGCGUCUGUCAGCGUGAGCGCCCCCUGCAGGAAGACUCGCGCACACUCCGAGAAAUCUGAGGCGUUCACGUGGAAAUCUGCUUUUAAAGUGUCAUGUUUUCACUGGUGUGCGGCGGAUCUCAUGUCUGACGGAGAAGUGGGCUUUUUUAAUGACUUGUUCAGUUGGACUUUUCCUUCUUUUUCCUUCUUUUUGAGUUGUAGCUGCACGUCACACAGCUCCACGUUCUGGGUGCCAAUGGGAGGCCGAACAUGACGAGCCAGCUCAGAGGACAGUCGAGUUCUCCUAGCGGUAUUUAGAUCCAGAGCCUAGCUGAUGUAGAUUGUUAAAAGGGAUCAGAUUUGGAAACGUGGUGAUUUAAUUGAGAUAUAUUAAAGAAAAGAAACCUUUUUGUUUUGGUUUUGUUGUAUAUGUUUGGAUAUCAAUAAAGCAUUCCUUUAAAUGAA